GUGCAGACAUGGGAUGCACACCUCUUCACCAAGCACAUAAGAUGCGCAUCUUACAGAGAUGAGCCAGGGUCACAUCCGUCUUGCCCCACAUCCCUGCUCCAGGGUUCGGCAGGUGCGGGCGGGGCCCAGGGGUGCUGCUGCCAGGGCCCAGGAAUUUGUCAGGGCAGUAGAUGCACUAGUUGUGAUUAGUCUGUGAGCUAAUGAAGCAAGAUAAUCCCUUUUUAUCUGAUGGUUCUCCCUGCUAGUUCCUAGGCCUUUGAAGCACUACACGGCUGAAAAGAAUUUGCAUAGAAUUACUUGAGCUCCUCUGUUAAGUAGCAGAAUAAUCAUGGGCCAGACUGGGAAGAAAUCUGAGAAGGGACCUGUUUGUUGGCGCAAGCGUGUAAAAUCAGAGUACAUGCGGCUGCGGCAGCUCAAGAGGUUCAGGCGGGCUGACGAAGUUAAGAGUAUGUUUAGUUCCAAUCGUCAGAAAAUUUUGGAAAGAACGGAAAUCUUAAACCAAGAAUGGAAACAGCGAAGGAUACAGCCUGUGCACAUCCUGACUUCUGUGAGCUCAUUGCGCGGGACCAGGGAGUUGGACUUCACCCUUCUGAUGUCAAAGAUUGUUCAGAGACCAGAUGGCCAUAGCUCUUUUUCCUUUGGGAUGUCCCACUGUAACAUGGGGAGUCGUACCAACCUCCUAGGCCAUUCACCUGCUCUUCCCUCUACGAUUUUCCAUAACACAGUUUUUACUUGGAACCAGCCUUCUGCCAAGAGUCUCAGUUUGGUUGUGUACUCCUACAACUACUAUUUUUGGCUUGACUUCCCUCUCCAGCUCCCAGUGGUCCAGCCACACAGUCGCCUAUUGUACCAGCUGGUUGAUUGUUCAGUGACCAGUGACUUGGAUUUUCCAACACAAGUCAUCCCAUUAAAGACUCUGAAUGCGGUUGCUUCAGUACCCAUAAUGUAUUCUUGGUCUCCCCUUCAGCAGAAUUUUAUGGUGGAAGAUGAAACUGUUUUACAUAACAUUCCGUAUAUGGGGGAUGAAGUUUUAGAUCAGGAUGGGACUUUCAUUGAAGAACUAAUAAAAAAUUAUGAUGGAAAAGUACAUGGGGAUAGAGAAUGUGGGUUUAUAAAUGAUGAAAUUUUUGUGGAGUUGGUGAAUGCUCUUGGUCAAUACAAUGAUGAUGAUGAUGAUGAUGAUGGAGAUGAUCCUGAUGAAAGAGAAGAAAAACAGAAAGAUCUAGAGGAGAACAGAGAUGAUAAAGAAAGCCGCCCACCUCGGAAAUUUCCUUCUGAUAAAAUUUUUGAAGCCAUUUCCUCAAUGUUUCCAGAUAAGGGCACAGCAGAAGAACUAAAGGAAAAGUAUAAAGAGCUCACCGAGCAGCAGCUCCCAGGUGCGCUUCCUCCUGAAUGUACCCCGAACAUCGAUGGACCAAAUGCUAAAUCUGUUCAGAGGGAGCAAAGCUUGCAUUCAUUUCAUACGCUUUUCUGUAGGCGAUGUUUUAAAUAUGACUGCUUCCUACAUCGUAAGUGCAGUUAUUCAUUUCAUGCAACACCCAAUACUUACAAGCGGAAGAACACAGAAACCGCUCUAGACAACAAACCUUGUGGACCACAGUGUUACCAGCACUUGGAGGGAGCAAAGGAGUUUGCGGCUGCCCUCACUGCCGAGCGCAUCAAGACCCCGCCCAAGCGGCCCGGCGGCCGCAGGAGAGGCCGGCUUCCCAACAAUAGCAGCCGGCCCAGCACCCCCACCAUUAAUGUGCUGGAGUCCAAGGACACGGACAGUGACAGGGAAGCGGGGACUGAGACGGGCGGGGAGAACAACGAUAAGGAGGAGGAGGAGAAGAAGGACGAGACCUCCAGCUCCUCGGAAGCAAAUUCUCGGUGUCAAACGCCAAUAAAGAUGAAGCCAAACAUUGAGCCUCCCGAGAACGUGGAGUGGAGCGGCGCUGAGGCCUCCAUGUUCCGGGUGCUCAUCGGUACCUACUAUGACAAUUUCUGUGCCAUUGCCAGGCUCAUCGGGACCAAGACUUGUCGGCAGGUGUAUGAGUUCCGUGUCAAAGAAUCGAGUAUCAUUGCUCCAGCCCCGGCCGAGGACGUGGACACCCCCCCAAGGAAGAAGAAGAGGAAACACCGGUUGUGGGCGGCACACUGCAGAAAGAUACAGCUGAAAAAGGACGGCUCCUCUAACCACGUUUACAACUAUCAACCCUGUGACCAUCCACGGCAGCCUUGUGACAGUUCGUGCCCUUGUGUGAUAGCACAAAAUUUUUGUGAGAAGUUUUGUCAAUGUAGCUCAGAGUGUCAAAACCGCUUUCCUGGGUGCCGCUGCAAAGCGCAGUGCAACACGAAGCAGUGCCCGUGCUACCUGGCCGUGCGCGAGUGCGACCCCGACCUGUGCCUCACGUGCGGCGCCGCCGACCACUGGGACAGCAAGAACGUGUCCUGCAAGAACUGCAGCAUCCAGCGCGGCUCCAAGAAGCACUUGCUGCUGGCACCGUCUGACGUGGCAGGCUGGGGGAUUUUCAUCAAAGACCCUGUGCAGAAAAAUGAAUUCAUCUCGGAGUACUGUGGAGAGAUUAUUUCUCAAGAUGAAGCAGACAGAAGAGGGAAAGUCUACGAUAAAUACAUGUGCAGCUUUCUCUUCAACUUGAACAAUGAUUUUGUGGUGGAUGCAACCCGCAAGGGUAACAAAAUUCGUUUUGCAAAUCACUCAGUAAAUCCAAACUGCUAUGCAAAAGUUAUGAUGGUUAACGGCGAUCACAGGAUAGGGAUUUUUGCUAAGAGAGCCAUCCAGACCGGUGAAGAGCUGUUUUUUGAUUACAGAUACAGCCAGGCUGAUGCCCUGAAGUACGUGGGCAUCGAAAGAGAGAUGGAAAUCCCUUGACGUCUGCUACCUCUUCCUCCCCCUCCUCCUUUCUGGAACAGCUGCCUUAGCUUCAGGAACCUCGAGUACUGUGGGCAAUUUAGAAAAAUAAAAUGCAGUUUGAAAUUCUGAAUUUGCAAAGUACUGUAAGAAUAAUUUAUAGUAAUGAGUUUAAAAAUCCACUUUUUAUUGCCUUCUCACCAGCUGCAAAGUGUUUUGUACCAGUGAAUUUUUGCAAUAAUGCAGUAUGGUACAUUUUUCAACUUUGAAUAAAGAAUACUUGAACUUCC